AUGAAGUCUAAUACAUCAAAAUUUAAACAAACAUCUAUAAUUGAUAUGUUUUCUCAACAACUUGCUAAAAAAAAGCAAAUGAACAAUGAUGCAACUAAUAAAGAAGACAUACAAAAAUUACAAAAUAUAAAAACAGAAAAUAAUAUAUUGCAAAAAUGUGAACAAAAUAAAGAAAAUCAUGAUCCAAAAACAGAUGAGGAAUAUUUAGAUAAGCACAUUGAAAAAAAAGCUAAACUUACAGAUGUUAAUAUAUUACCAACACCUCAAAUUAAAAAUAUAAAUAUAUUUCAUAAUAAAUGUGAAUAUUGUCGUCAAAAAUUAAAUGAAAUAAAAUUUUAUCCGGGUCAUCCGAAUGGUGCUGUAGAUGAAGAAAUUGCUUUGAUUGAUCCAAAAUUAUGUUUAUUUAAUGGAACUGAAUCUUUCAUACAUGAAAGUGAUGAACGUCCUCAAAAUAAAUUGACUUAUUUCAGUGUUUAUGAUAAAAAUGGCCAUUUAUGUGCUUUUGAUACUGGACUUAUAGAAAAAAAUGUAAUGUUAUAUUUUUCUGGUUAUAUAAAAGCUAUUUAUGAAGAAGAUGCAUCACCAGAGGGUGGAGUACCAACAAAAGAUAUGGGUCCAAUAAAUGAGUGGUAUGUAUCUGGUUUUGAUGGAGGAGAACUGGCUCUUAUAGGUUUCAAUACAGCAUUUGCGGAAUAUAUUUUAAUGGAUCCAUCUGAAGAAUAUGCUCCUUUUAUGGAUAUUGUUAAAGAAAAAAUAUAUAUGAGUAAAUUGGUUAUCGAAUUUCUUUUAGAUGAAAUUAAUCCCAGCUACGAGGAUUUACUUAAUAAAUUUCAAACAAUAGUACCACCUAAAAAUAUGUCAAAAUUUACUGAAGAUUCUUUACUAAGACAUGCACAAUUUAUAUGUGAUCAAGUAUUAUCAUUUGAUAAUUCUGCUGAUUCGGAAGAUACACUUCUUAUUACAAGUCCUUGUAUGCGCGCAUUAGCAAAUCUUGCAGGCGUUACAUUAGGAAAAAGAGUAACUUUCCGUCGAACGCAAAGGGAACAAAAAGUUAGAAAACCUGCUUGGACAAAAGCAACUACUACAAAAUUAGUUAGUGAUAUGUUUGAAAAUAUAUUUACAGAUCAGUUAAUUAAACAUGAUGAUAAAAUAACAAUGGGACCUAAGAGACAAAGAUGUGGAGUAUGUGAACAUUGUCAACAACCUGAUUGUGGUCUCUGUAAUGCUUGUAAAGAUAUGAUUAAAUUUGGAGGAACUGGAAGAAGUAAGCAAGCUUGCGUUAAAAGAAGAUGUCCAAAUAUGGCUAUUCAAGAAGCAGAUGAUUCUGAUCCAGAAAAUGAAGAUCAAUAUGAAAUUUUAAUGGAAAAUAAAAAAGUUGAAGAAGAAAAAAGCAAAAAAAAAGAUUUUAAAGAACUCAAAAAAGAUAUUAUAUGGAUAGGAGAUCAAAUUGCCAAUGACAAUUUAAAAACAUAUUAUAAAUCUGUUAUAGUUGGUGAUGAAGAAAUAGGAAUAAAUGAUUAUGUACUUGUAGAACCAAGAAAUCCAGCAAUUCCAUCUCAUGUUGCUAAAGUUAUUUAUAUGUGGGAAAAUAAAAAUGGUAUAAAACAAUUUCAUGCAAAUUGGUUGCAUAGAGGAAAUGAUACUAUUCUUGGAGAAACAUCAGAUCCUAUAGAACUAUUUUUGAGUGAUGACUGUGAUGAUAUACCCUUCAAAUCUGUCAGAUCUAAAUGUACUGUUAUUUUUAAAGAAAUACAAAAAAAUUGGAAUGAAUUAGGUAAUAUGGAUUUAAAUUUUGAGAAUGAUAUAAAAGAUCUAGAUGGUAAAACAUUUUUUUUUCAAAAGCGUUAUAUACCCGAAACAGCUAGAUUUGAAGAUCCUGUACCUGAUGUAAAAUAUCUUCAUAAAAAAAACAGUUAUCGAUUUUGUCCUGCAUGUACUCGUUUAAACAUGUUGGAACAGUUCAAUACACCAAAGGUAUAUGAACGAAUAGAAGAAAUAAGUAGCAAAGAAGUUAUUUAUGGUUUAGUAAAGUACAAAGGAGAAGACUAUAGAGUUGGAACAACUGUAUUUUUGCAACCAGAUGUUUUCAAUUUUAAAUAUAAAACUACAUAUCAAGAUGUUUUAAAACUUAAAAAAGAAAAUGUAGAUGAAGAUAUGUAUCCUGAAUUUUAUAGAAAAUCUUCUGAUCAUAUAAAAGGUUCAAAUUUUGAUACUCCUGAUCCUUUUUGUAUAGGAUAUAUAAAUAAAAUAUUUGCCAAUACAAAUGAUAUGUUAGUUUCACCUUCUGACAUUAAUAUUAUGGUAAAUAAGUUAUAUAGACCAGAAAAUACACAUAAAAGUUCUACAUUAAUGGAACAAGCAGAUCUAAAUAUGGUUUAUUGGAGUAAUGAAGUAUGCAAUAUCAAAUUUAUUAAAGUUGUUGGAAAAUGCUAUCUUACUUAUUCUGAGAAUUUAAAUCAAUCUAUUGAAGAGUGGAUUGCUGCAGGACCAUAUCGAUUUUAUUUCAAUGAAGCUUAUAAUGUACAAGAAAAAACAUUUGAUGAACCACCAUAUCAUGCUAUUAGUAUUGGUAAAUGUGGUAAAAGUAAAGGCAAUUUAAAAUUUAAAGGGAAAAAAACAGAGGAAAGUGAAAAAAGAGCAAUUGUUAAUACACCUAUUGAAUAUAAGAAAAUAUCAGAAAAAUUAAAAACAUUAGAUGUAUUUGCUGGUUGUGGUGGGUUAUCUGAAGGUUUACAUCAAGCUGGUGUAGCUGAAAAUCUUUGGGCUAUAGAAAAAGAAGAAUCUGCUGCUUAUGCAUAUCGAUUAAAUAAUCCUAAUGCAACAGUAUUUAUAGAAGAUUGUAAUGUAUUAUUAAAAAAAGUUAUGAAUGGUGAAACAACAAAUGAAAUUGGUCAAAAACUUCCACAAAAAGGACAAGUAGAAUUAUUGUGCGGUGGUCCACCAUGUCAAGGUUUUAGUGGCAUGAAUCGUUUCAAUUCUCGUCAAUAUUCUUUAUUCAAGAAUUCUCUUGUUGUUUCAUAUUUGUCAUAUUGUGAUUACUACAGACCUAAUUUCUUUAUUAUGGAAAACGUUCGAAAUUUUGUUUCUUUCAAAAGAAGUAUGGUUUUAAAAUUAACAUUAAGAUGUCUAAUUCGUAUGGGUUAUCAAUGUACAUUUGGUAUUCUUCAAGCUGGAAAUUAUGGAAUACCUCAAACAAGACGAAGAAUGAUAAUUCUAGCUGCUGCACCUGGACAAAUGCUACCAAAAUAUCCGGAACCUUCACAUGUUUUUAGUAAACGUGCUUGCCAAUUAAGUGUAUUAGUUGAUAAUAAAAAGUAUAGCUCAAAUUGUAAUUGGAUAGAUUCUGCACCAUUUAGGACAAUUAGUGUAAAAGAUGCAAUGUUUGAUUUACCGGAAAUUAAAAAUGGUUGGAAUAAGGAAGAAAUGUCAUAUACAAAUGAACCAACAACACAUUUUCAAAGAAAAAUGAGAGGAAAACAGUAUCAACCAUUAUUAAGAGAUCAUAUAUGUAAAGAAAUGGCACCUCUUGUAGAAGCAAGAAUGGCUCAUAUUCCAAUUGCGAGUGGUUCUGAUUGGAGGGAUUUACCAAAUAUUGCUGUCAGAUUAAGUGAUGGUACUUAUUGUAAACAAUUAGAAUAUACUCAUGAUGAUAAAAAAGCUGGAAGGAGUUCUGUGGGAGCAUAUCGUGGAGUAUGUUGUUGUUGCACUGGAAAAUCAUGUGAUCCUACAGAUAGACAAUUUAAUACUUUAAUUCCAUGGUGUUUACCACAUACGGGAAAUCGUCAUAAUCAUUGGGCAGGUUUAUAUGGUAGAUUAGAAUGGAAUGGAUAUUUUAGUACAACCAUUACAAAUCCUGAACCUAUGGGAAAACAAGGUCGUGUAUUACAUCCAGUACAAACUCGAGUAGUAAGCGUGCGUGAAUGUGCUAGGUCUCAAGGAUUUCCAGAUUCUUUUCGUUUUUACGGCACUAUACUCGAUAAACAUCGACAAAUUGGAAAUGCAGUUCCUCCACCACUUGGAGUAGCUAUUGGUCAUGAAAUAAGGAAUUGUAUACAAAACAAAGAUAUAACUGAAAUUGAUAUAAAAAUACAAAAUGAUUAA